CUUCCAUUUCCACUGAUUAUUUCUUUCUUCUUUUUCUCUGGGUAAAAUCGGAUACAUUACUUUGGGAAAGAUGGGAAGGCAACCAUGUUGUGAUAAAGUAGGGCUGAAGAAAGGGCCAUGGACGGCUGAAGAAGAUAAGAAGCUCGUCACCUUCAUCCUCACCAAUGGCCAAUGCUGCUGGCGAGCUGUUCCUAAGCUUGCAGGUUUGUUAAGGUGCGGUAAGAGUUGCAGGCUGAGAUGGACAAAUUAUUUGAGACCAGACCUUAAAAGAGGACUUUUAUCUGAAGAUGAAGAGCAAAUGGUGAUUGAACUCCAUGCUCAACUUGGCAACAGAUGGUCUAAGAUUGCCUCUCAUCUCCCUGGAAGAACUGAUAAUGAGAUCAAGAACCACUGGAACACUCACAUCAAGAAGAAGCUGAGGGAAAUGGGCAUCGAUCCACUCACCCACAAGCCAUUAUCGACAGCUGAAGAGCAGCAGGAGAAAAAGAAGCAAGUUGACAAAUCCAAGCAGGCUGAAACAAAAGUGGAAGAUAAGAGCCUGACAAGCACAUUAUUUGACCCAAUGGAGAUGAUGAUAACGAUGAACAAUAAUAAUAAUAUUGAUGUUUUUUCCAUUGAUGAAGUUCCAUUGAUGGAACCCCAUGAAAUCUUGGUCUCUGCUCCUCCAUCCACAUCUUCUUCUUCGUCGUUAUGUUCUUCUUCGGGUACAAAUUCUUCCAACUUCCUUGAAUAUUUGCACUACUUUCCUGCAGAUUUUGAAUGGCCCUCUGACCACACCACCACCGAUACUGGUAGCAACACUUUGAGCUUGUGGGAUAUUGAUGAUUUCAGCAGCUGGGAUUUGCUAAUCAAUAAUGACGAUGAUAGUGAUACGAAGCUAGGUCUUGAUUCAUUAUCAUCUCCUCUAAUUCAGAGCCCAACAAGGGGUGUUGACUAUGAUUCUUGGACAUAUGAACUUUUAUAAUUUUGUUCUUUUUUUCGUUUCUUAAAUUCUCAAUGUCACAUAAGAGGAGGGAAAGGAAAAAAAAUAAAA